CGCCGCUCCCUGUCCUGCGCCGCUCUGUGCCGCCGCUCGCUGGUGCGGCAGGAAGCGGAAGGUUGUGGUGGGGAGGGGGCGGCCCCGGUAGCGGCGGCGGCGGUGCCGACAUGAAGCGGGACGUGAGGAUCCUGCUGCUGGGGGACGCCCAGGUGGGGAAGACGUCCCUGAUCAUGGCCCUGGUGGGAGAGGAGUUCCCGGAAGAGGUGCCACCUCGUGCCGAGGAGAUCACGAUCCCGGCUGAUGUCACCCCAGAGAAGGUCCCCACACACAUAGUGGACUACUCAGAGUCCGAACAGACGGAGGAUGAGCUGCAGGAGGAGAUCUCUAAGGCCAACGUGGUCUGCGUGGUGUAUGAUGUCACCAAGGAGGCCACAAUUGAGAAGAUUCGCACAAAGUGGAUCCCCAUGGUAAAUGGGGGAGCUGAAAAGGGCGCCAGGAUCCCCAUUAUUUUAGUGGGAAACAAGUCUGACUUGCAGAUGGGGAGCUCCAUGGACGUCAUCCUGCCCAUCAUGAACCAGUUUUCAGAGAUCGAGACCUGCGUGGAGUGCUCUGCCAAGAACCUUAAGAACAUUUCUGAGCUCUUCUACUAUGCCCAGAAAGCUGUGCUGCACCCCACUGCCCCCCUCUAUGACCCAGAGGAGAAGCAGCUGAAACCUGCAUGUGCACGAGCACUGACACGGAUUUUCAACCUCUCGGACCAGGAUAACAACCAGAUCCUUAGUGAUGAUGAACUCAACUACUUCCAGAAAUCCUGUUUUGGAAACCCAUUGGCUCCCCAGGCCCUGGAGGAUGUGAAGGUGGUUGUGUGUAAGAACACCACAGACGGGGUGCAGGACAACGGCCUGACCUUGAACGGCUUCCUCUUCCUCAACACGCUCUUCAUUCAGAGGGGCCGGCACGAGACCACAUGGACCAUCCUCCGCCGCUUUGGGUACGACGAUGAGCUGGAGCUGACAGAUGACUACCUGUACCCACAGUUCCGGCUGCCCCCUGGCUGCUCCACGGAGCUCAACCACUUGGGCUACCAGUUCCUCCAGCGGCUGUUCGAGAAGCAUGACAAGGACCAGGAUGGAGCCCUCUCACCCACAGAGCUGCAGAACUUCUUCAGCGUCUUCCCCUGCAUGCCCUGGGGUCCUGAGCUCUACAAUACGGUAUGCACCACUGAUAAAGGCCUGCUUUCCCUGCAUGGAUUCCUCUGCCAGUGGACGCUCAUGGCUUACCUGGACGUGCGGCACUGCCUGGCGUGCCUGGGCUACCUGGGCUACCCUAUCCUCUCGGAGCAGGACUCCCAGACACAGGCCCUCACGGUGACCCGGGAGAAGAGGAUUGACCUGGAGAAAGGCCAGACCCAGAGAAACGUCUUCCUCUGCAAGGUGCUGGGAGCCAGGGGAGCAGGCAAGUCUGCCUUCCUGCAGGCCUUCCUCGGCAGGAGCCUGGUGGCUCAGAAGGAGAACCCAGGAGAGCCAUCCCUCUAUGCCAUCAACACAGUGCAGGUCAACGGCCAGGAGAAGUAUCUUAUACUAUAUGAGGUGAGCACCAACACGACGUUCGUGAAGCCAUCAGACACAGCCUGUGAUGUCGCCUGCUUCAUCUAUGACCUGAGCGAGCCCAGGUCCUUCAGCUACUGUGCCAGUAUUUAUAAGCAGCACUACAUGGACAGCCAGAUCCCCUGUGUCUUUGUGGCCUCCAAGACAGACCUGCCAGAAGCGAGUCACCAGCCCGGCCUCUCCCCCGCUGAGUUCUGCUACAAGCACUGCCUCCCACCACCCUUCCUCUUCACCUGCCACAGCCAGGGGCCCCCCAGCAGCGCUGUGUACACCAAGCUGGCAACCGCCGCCACCUUCCCUCACUUGAACGCCGUGGAGCUGGGAGCCGCAUCCUUCUGGCUGCGGGUGGCGCUGGGGGCUGCAAUGACAGCACUGGUGGGGUUCACACUCUACCGGGUUUUGGGCAAGAACAAAUGAGGCCCCUGCAGCCCGUCCUAAUGUGACACCAGCCUCCCCCUCCCCAGCACUGCCCCGAGGGGCCCUGCCUCAAGCUGGUUCCUGGUAGGAAAUGCUCCUUUUCGCCCGGCCUGGAUUGCAGGACCAGUAAAACCAGAGCUCCCGGCACCAGCAGAAUCGAUCCCCCAGCACCGGCCACCCUGACCCUGCCAUCCUCAUGGCCUCUGCCCAGCUGUUGUGCCGGGGCCAGGCAGCUCUGCCGGGGCUCUGCCUUGCUGACACAGGAGGGAUCAGCCUCAUCUUUUAUUCUGUUAAUAUUUUUUAACGUUUUUAAGCUCAAACGUCAGUGUUUCAGUGUCUGGGGGGCCGGGCACAUCCCUUCCCAGGGGGCUGGGGUGGUGCUCUCAUUCUUGGGGGCAGCACUCCCAAAGCACUUCCAGCAGCAGCAGAGCCAUACAUUGGGCUCGUGGGUUCAGCCCCCGGGGUCACACCACUGUCCCCUGUCUCUGUGUCCCUCAGCCAGCCCUGGGAAAGGCAGACCCCCUGUGUUUUGGGGUUGGGAUGCUGUGGCUGCAGCUCUUGCUGCAAGGGGAGGGAGUGAGCUCCAGGACUGUCCCAGGCUCCUUCUGUCUCUUGUUCCAGCACAAAACCACUCCGAGUCCUGCAGUGCACCAGGCUGCCAGCACCUCUGCCCUCCAUGAGGGCCUGGCACGUGUCAGGACUCAUCCUGCUGGCCCCAUCGUGGGCCUCUGGGCCUGCUGCGGCUGUCCCCAAGCACAAAGCUCUGGGUGUUGCAUCUCCUGGUGCAACUGGAAGCUGUUUUCUCCACUGUCCUUUGCCCUCACCGGUGUUAACGCUGUCACUUCAGCUCAGUGCAGAUCUGGGGCCGGGGUCCAAUAGCAUCCCCAUCUCCAUGUCCCAAAGAGCGAGGCCAGCCCCUGUGCUCUCCUCAGCAUCCCUGGGCUUCCAGCCUCCUGCAGGGAGUCUGGGUCAGCUCCUGCCUGCAUGACCCCAGCUGCUGGACUGUGAGCACACUCAGGCCAGGUUUUGUAGCCAGCAGCUGCUGGGACAGCACCAAGGUCACUGCGAGAGCUGCUUUUUGCUGUUCUGUCUAUUGAAACUCCUUGUCGGGGCCUGGAGCCAGCAAGGCAGGCAUCUUCCCACUGCUGCCCAUCCCAGCGCUGGCUGGAGCUGCUCUGCCAUCGGGCUCUUGUUGCUGGCCUGGAGUUCCCAUAUCCCUUCCUCGUGUGUAGCUGUUGGGCAGGCCUGUGUCCUGUGCUCUGACCCUGCUCCCAGCACUGGUCUGUGCCUGGCAAAGCCACACUUUUAGGUUUGUUCUCUACAGCGGAAUAAAUUUUUACACACCUUCCCCUUG